AUGCUCUCAUUGCCCUCAUUGGCAGAGCUCACGCCGGCGAGAUUGUUGGCCUACAGUUUGGCAGCAUUGACGGCCCAUUCGUUCCUAUCAAGAGUCCUCAAGUUCCUGCGGGCACAGUCAGUGUUCCCACAUAUUCCUGGGCCACCCUCUCAGUCGUGGAUCACAGGGAACUUGGGACAGCUAUUCACUAACAAAGGCCUUCCGUUUCACCUCCUCCUCUCAGAACGCUAUGGUGGCAUAGCGAGGGUCUACGGAUUCUUUGGGGAUGAACAAUUGUAUAUCUGCGACCCUCGUGCUUUGCACAGCAUCCUUGUCAAGGAUCAGGACGCUUUCGACGAGACGGCUGUGUUUAUCGAGAACAACAGGAUCAUCUUCGGUCCAGGUUUGGUCGCUACCGUCGGAGAACAGCAUAAGAGGCAGCGUAAAGCCGUAAAGCCGGUGUUCUCUGUCAUACAGCUCAAGAAGCUCACGCCCCUCUUCUACGAACUCGCCGAGAAAUUGUGCGACGUGAUUUCGAAGGAAGUUCGCGGGGAGGCGAUCAUGAACAGUGACGCCAACUCGAAUGCUGACAGUGGGAGAGUUGACAUGUCUGAAUGGAUGUCGCGGAUUGCACUGGAGACAGUUGGACAGGCUGUAUUGGGAUAUUCGUUCGACCCCCUGGAUUCGCGGCAGAGUAACCCGUACACAGCAGCCGUCAAGGAGCUCAUUCCAACACUAUUCCGUCUUUCCAUCGUUCGUCAAUUUGUCCCUUGGCUCACGAGGAUAGGCCCUCCUGCUUUCCGCCGUAAGCUUGUCGAGCUGGUCCCGCACGAAGCAGUACAGAAGGUGAAGAAUUCGUCGGAUGUGAUGUAUACGACGGCGAAGGGCAUCCUUGAGUCAAAGCGUAAGAAGAUCCCAGAACGGAGGUUGGAAACAGAGGGACCAUCGAGACAGGAUAUAAUCACGGAAUUGCUCAAGAAUAACGAGCGUCUUCCUGAGAGCGAGCAGUUGAGCGAAGAAGAACUCAUUGGACAGAUGACUGUCUUGAUAUUUGGCGCCCAGGAUACCACCUCCUCAGCACUCUCGCGCGUCCUCUACAUGCUCUCCGUCCACCCUAACUGGCAAGACGACCUUCGAGGGGAAAUCCUAGAAGCAUUAGACACUUCGGAUAGGGACGGGCGACUCCGUUACGAAGACGUCGUGAAGCUGCCGUUACUCGACGCGGUACUCAAAGAAACUCUGAGACUGUUCCCGCCCGUUCCUUUCGUCCGCCGCACUGCUAUUCAGGAGAGGACAAUUCCAUUCACUACGCAAGCAGGGGAUACGUCUUCUGUUACCAUUCCCGUUGGUACAACGCUCUUUGUGGGUAUCGCUGGUGCGAAUAGGAUGGAGUCCGUUUGGGGGGAAGACGCGAAAGAAUGGAAUCCGGAGCGGUGGGUGGGAUCGAGGGGAUCAGAGACGGCGCACUCGUCGAGUGCGAAGCUACCGGGUAUAUACGCUGGAACGCUGUCGUUCUUGGGCGGUUCGCGAUCCUGCGUCGGAUACAAGUUCGCUGAGAUAGAGAUGAAGAUCAUACUCGUGACACUGCUCUCCCGCUUCACCUUUGCAAAGACGGGGGAUACGAUUGUGUGGAAUCUCUCGCAGAUCAUCUCACCAUCUACUGCGACUCGGACUCUAGGAGACGGAGGUGUAGAGGAGGUGGAAGAGAAGAAGGGACUACCACUCCUUGUGCGUGCUUAUGACAGUAAACGCGGUUUAUGA